CCUCGAUUAAACCUCUCCGCUCCACGCCUUUCCUCAGCGUUAGUGAGAGCGAUAGAGAGGAUAUGGUGCAGAAGAAGGCGCAGAAGGAGCAGACCUAUUCCACGGCCAAGGUCAAGCGCGUCGGGAGCUACUUCAAGGGCUUCUACUUCCCCCUGGUUCUCCAGAACCGCUGCAAGCACUACCUGGCUGACCUGCAGACACUGAUCAGGGAGUUCAAGGCGGAUUACGAGGCAUCCGACAAGGUGCGUGAGUAAACACAGGCAGAGGGACUGACUCAUUGGCUGCUGGCAUGUGUGUGGUUUGUGUGGUUGUGUGGCUGCAGAAGCAUCCUGGGAGUUUUCCGCUGUUCCGGGAUGUGUUUCGACGGCUCCAUUUCUCGGAGAUCCACCGGACGGCUGAGGGGGAAGACCAUGCACUCGCCUUUCAGCUGCUCACUGGCGUGUGCCUGGGUGAGUGAGUAUGCAGAUAUAUCACAUCAAAGCGGCCAGCCACAGACGCCGUGACGGGUGUUGUCCCUCCCUGUGUGUGUGUGUGUGUGUGUGUGUGUUGGGCUGGCCACAGAGCUGAUGCGUUCGUCAGAGGAGGUUGUGCACCAAGUGGGGUGUCUGUACGGCCUGUAUCUGCUGUAUGAGACCCAGUUCCACAUGCCGCCCAACCUCAACAUGGGCGGCUCGGGCAUCAUUCGGCAGCCAAUACCCGUCAAUCUACGUAACACACACACACACACACACGACACGACAGAGAGAGCAGGGGCGAAUUUGCGCGAGCAUUCCCUGCCUGUCUGUGUGUGUGUGUCUGUCAUCAGAGACUCUCGAGCUGCUCGAGUCGUUGAUGAAGCGAUGCGAGUCGAACGGUGAGGAGAGCUUCCCCGAGUGUGCGGCGAUAGUGCAGCGGCUGCUGUCUGGUGAGGCCCUCACCCUGGGCUGCCGCGAGGGGCCGCUCUUCAUGUUUCAGGACAGACAGGGGAAACCUCUCAUCGCACAAACAGAGGCCAGGAGGUGGGUAAGGUGGGAGGGGCGAGGGAGGAUCUGCCUGACUGUGUGACACACUGUGUCGUGUGUGCGCGUGUCUGGGGUGUGUGCCAGCUUCCUGAAGACACAGGGCUUCCAGACGAAGAGGGCCGAUCUGGUAACAACAGACAGACAGGCAGCAGACGCUGCAGACCGACCGUUAUGCUCUGUCUCUCUCUUUUCGUCGUAUCUUGAUGUAUGGCUUCCAUCCUGCUUCUGUCUGUCUGUCUGUCUGUCUGUGUGUGUGUGUGUGGACGCAGGCUGGCCUCGUGCGUGGCACCACCGCCUUGAUAGACCUGGCAGGGCGGUAUGUGGCCCUCAGAGACCAAGAACGUAAGCUAAGCCCACUGCACCAAAGUGGAGGGACAUCGAUUCUCAGAUUGUGGGCGUCAUGUGUGGUGUAUAUCGCGUCGCAAAAGGCGGGCCGAAUGCGAAGCCCCGUUGGAGCAAGAGCCGAGGUGACCUUCCCGACAACCUCCAGGCCAUGCGCACAAACAUUGAGGUCAGCAGACCAACCAGCCAGUCAGUCAGUCAGACCACACACACACUCACACACACACAGCAGACACCGAGCAACGCGCACCAUCCCUUUCCCCCUGUUUGCAGAAGACGCAGGCGACUUUUCCCGAGGCGAUGCCAGCAGACAUGCCCCUCGACUCCCCAAUUGGCUCGCCAAGACCCAAACCAAAGUCAAAGACCGCACCGACAGCACGGAAGCGAAAACGCCAAGAGGAGCCUUCACAGCCACCACAGCCGCCGGCGAUUGAGGAAGGCCCACCAGAGGCUGCUGCGGCUGUUGAUGAGGGUAGGGAGCCUGAUGCCCUGGAUCAGCUGAUGGAGGACCAUUUCGCCCCGAAGGGGAAGAAGCGGGCGUCUCGCCAGGUGAGGAGGGAGCCGAAGCCCAAAGCAAAGAGGAAGAGCUGCGCCAAGGCCAAGCCGUCAGCAGCAACAGCAGCAGCAGCAGGAGCGGUUGUGAGUGACGAUGGUGUGAUGCACCCUGAUGAGAACGCGGACCUGAUCGACAUGGUAACAGCGCAACACAGCACGACUCGACUCGUAUAUUCUCCCUAUGUCUGUGUAUCUUUCUCUCCCCACCACACAUCACACCUGUAUGUCUGUGUGCAGCUGGAGCGCAGCCUUGAGGCGGCGCCACCCGAGCAGCAAGAAGACCUGCCUGCUAUUCCAGCUCCACCCUCACCCCUCGCGGCCCCUCCCUCACCGCCCCCCUCCCCACCCGAGCCCAAAGCCAAGGCCAAGCCAAAGGCGAAGCGGCAGCCGAAAGCCAAGGCGGCCAAAGAAAAGCCGGCGGCCAAGCGGGCGUCAAGAGCCAAGGCCAAGACACCCGCAAAGGCCAAGGCUGCGGGGGGGGCGGCGGAGUCUGAGAUUGAACAUGAGAUUGAGCAUGAAGAGGACGAUUCAACGAGAGUCAAGAAGGCGGUGGGGAAACGGGCAGCUGCCAAAGGAGCGGCGAGAGGCAGAGGGAGGGGCCGGGGAGCGAGGCCCAAGGGCGGGCAGAGGCUGACGGGCACCAUUGCAAACCCAGCCAGGAGAAAACGCGACCUGGUUAGUCACCACAGCACAGCACACGCACGUCGCUCAUGUCAUUGCCCAUCUUCGUGUGUGCAGGGCCCCGAGGCUUCAGAGGAGGUAUAUGAGCCAGAGGAGCUGUCUGCUGGGUUGCUGGACAGCAUGAUUGCCGGCCAGGCUGAGGCCCCCCAUCUGCAGCAGCAGCAGCAGCAGCAGCGGGUGCCGCAAGCUGCAGAGCCGUUAGACCGAGAUGAGGAGUUGCUGCGUGAGCUGCAGGAGCUGGGGGCCGAGAGAGGGAUGGAAGCUGACGAGGAGGACGAGGAGGAAGAUUAGUGGACGAAUGGAUGGAUGAGGGCCCUUGAACGAAACGAGAUGUGUUGUUUUGAGUCUGAGUGAGAGUGUGAGUGUGUCUUCUGAGCGGACGGGUGGGUGAGGUGAGGCGAGUGGAUUGAAACGAAGAAACCUCAAUCAGUGAACCAUGAUG